GUGACUCUGAUAGCUCACACUCACUUCCCCCAUCUCUCUCUCUCUCUCUCUACUCUCUCUCUUUUUCUCUUCAUCUUCUCCUGUCUUCCCUUCUAUUCUACGGAACUUUCUCAUCAUACACAUUGGAGAUCUCCUCCAAUCCACAGUCCUCUUCAAGGAGGCUUUAGCUUUGACUGUGUCUUGGAGGUAGAUCUGAAUAUCUUGAAUUACAACAGCAAAGCUGGCGGCGACACUAGCUUGGAAGUUUCCAGCCAGCAAUGGCAGCAGCCUUGCUACUAACGAUCUGGAAACGAAUGGGGAUGCUAGACCUCAAGAUUCAGAGCCUCCUACUCCUCAUUCACUCAUAAAGAUGAGUUCAAGAGAUCGUAGUAGCAUGGAGGACCCUGAUGGGACAUUGGCAAGUGUUGCCCAAUGUAUUGAACAGUUGCGGCAGAAUUCCUUAUCUGUACAAGAAAAAGAGUUUUGCUUGAAGAAGUUGUUGGAGCUUAUUGAUACGCGUGAAAAUGCUUUCAGUGCUGUUGGAUCUCAUUCUCAGGCAGUUCCAGUACUUGUGUCACUUCUGCGGUCAGGGUCACUUGGGGUGAAGAUGCAGGCGGCUACUGUUUUAGGCUCCUUAUGCAAGGAGAAUGAACUGCGAUUGAAAGUAUUAUUAGGGGGUUGCAUUCCGCCGCUGCUUGGUCUCCUUAGGUCCAAUUCAGCAGAAGGUCAAAUUGCAGCUGCCAAGACUAUUUAUGCUGUUUCUCAAGAUGGUGCGAGCGAUCAUGUUGGAUCAAAAAUUUUUUCAACUGAAGGAGUCGUGCCAGUGCUUUGGGAGCAACUAAAAAAGGGGCUGAAGGCUGGAAACUUGGUUGAUAACUUGCUGACAGGAGCUUUAAAAAAUCUUUCCAGCAGCACCGAGGGAUUUUGGUCUGCAACAAUACAAGCUGGUGGGGUUGAUAUACUUGUGAAAUUGCUUACAACUGGACAGUCGGGCACUCAAGCUAAUGUAUGCUUUCUCCUGGCAUGUAUGAUGAUGGAGGAUGCAUCUGUUUGUUCUAAGGUGUUGGCUGCAGAGGCUACAAAACAACUUCUUAAGCUAUUAGGACCUGGUAAUGAUGCACCUGUGAGAGCAGAAGCUGCAGCUGCUCUCAAAUCGCUGUCUGCCCAGAGCAAAGAAGCAAGGCGGGAGAUAGCUAAUUGUAAUGGUAUACCUUCUUUGAUAAAUGCAACAAUAGCUCCUUCAAAGGAAUUCAUGCAAGGUGAAUACGCCCAAGCGUUGCAGGAGAAUGCAAUGUGUGCCCUUGCAAACAUUUCUGGUGGUCUGUCGUAUGUCAUUUCAAGCCUUGGACAAAGCCUUCAAUCAUGCAAUUCACCUGCACAGAUUGCUGAUACAUUAGGGGCUUUAGCUUCGGCUCUUAUGAUAUAUGAAAGCAAGGCAGAAGCUACUAGAGCAUCAGAUCCUCUGGAAAUUGAACAGACGUUGGUUAAGCAGUUAAAGCCUCGGUUACCAUUUCUUGUGCAGGAGCGGACCAUAGAAGCCUUGGCCAGUUUGUAUGGAAAUACCAUACUCUCAAAUAAACUUGCAAACUCUGAUGCAAAACGCCUUCUGGUUGGUUUGAUCACAAUGGCAACCAAUGAAGUUCAAGAUGAGCUGAUAAGAUCCCUUCUCAUGCUUUGCAACAAUGAAGGCAGUCUGUGGCGUGCACUUCAAGGUCGUGAGGGGAUUCAGCUAUUGAUUUCUCUUCUUGGACUUUCAUCAGAACAACAACAAGAAUGUGCUGUUGCAUUACUCUGCCUUCUAUCUAAUGAGAAUGAUGAAAGCAAAUGGGCUAUCACAGCUGCUGGCGGCAUACCUCCACUUGUCCAAAUUCUAGAGACUGGGUCUGCGAAAGCGAAGGAAGAUUCUGCAACAAUUCUGGGGAAUCUUUGUAAUCACAGUGAGGAUAUACGGGCAUGUGUUGAAAGUGCUGAUGCCGUUCCUGCUUUGUUAUGGCUACUAAAGAAUGGAAGCUCAAAUGGAAAAGAAAUUGCAGCGAAGACAUUGAACCAUUUGAUUCACAAAUCAGACACAGCAACUAUUAGCCAGCUCACUGCAUUAUUAACCAGUGAUUUACCUGAAUCUAAGGUUUAUGUUUUGGAUGCAUUAAAAAGUAUGCUUUCGGUAGUCCCCCUAAGUGAUAUGUUGCGGGAGGGAAGUGCUGCAAAUGAUGCAAUUGAGACAAUGAUAAAAAUUUUAAGCUCUGCAAAAGAAGAGACUCAGGCCAAGUCUGCAUCUUCUCUUGCUGCAAUCUUUAAUGUCAGAAAGGACUUGCGGCAAAGUAGCAUUGCUGUUAAGACGCUUUUGUCAGCCAUGAAGCUACUAAAUGUCGAAUCUGGAAACAUCUUAGUAGAGUCCUCUCGUUGUCUUGCUGCGAUAUUUCUUUCGAUCAAAGAGAAUCGGGAUGUGGCUGCUGUUGCUAGAGAGGCAUCAACUUCACUAAUGGUGCUUGCUAACUCUUCAGUUCUGCAAGUUGCAGAGCAGGCGACAUGCGCUUUGGCAAAUCUUCUUUUGGACAGUGAAGUUUCAGAGAAAGCUAUUCUUGAAGAAAUUAUUCUGCCUGCUACUAGGGUUUUGCGAGAAGGCACAGUUGCUGGAAAGACCCUUGCAGCAGCAGCAAUUGCUCGGUUACUCCAUUCUCGCAGAACUGAUUCAGCCUUAACCGAAUGCGUUAAUCGUGCAGGAACAGUUCUUGCAUUGGUUUCGUUCUUGGAGUCCGUUGAUAGUGGGUCUACUGAGACAUCAGAAGCACUAGAUGCACUUGCCUUUUUGUCGAGGUCAGAAGGAGCUACUGGGCACAUCAAACCUGCAUGGGCAGUUCUUGCUGAAUUUCCAAAUAGCAUAACCCCAAUAGUGUCAUGUAUUGCUGAUGCAACACCCUUGUUGCAGGAUAAAGCUAUAGAAAUAUUGUCGCGGCUUUGCAGGUCUCAGCCUGUUGUUCUAGGAAGUACAAUUGCUUGUUCACCAGGAUGUAUUUCAUCAAUUGCGGGAAGGGUGAUGAGUUCCUCAGAUGCAAGGGUCAAAAUAGGGGGAAGUGCACUUCUUAUAUGUGCUGCGAAAGUAAAUCACCAGAGACUGGUGGAAGAUUUGAAUCAAUCAAAUGCACGUGCCCAUCUCAUUCAGUCUCUUGUUGGCAUGCUUAAUUCCAUGGGUUCAACUCACUUUGGAGACCAGGGAGACAAGGAGACCAUAAGCAUUUACAGGCUUACCAAAGAAGAAGCAAGUAAUGGCGAAAAUGCGACAAGUACAGCAGUAAUCUGUGGCGCCGACAUAGCAGUGUGGCUACUUUCUGUCCUUGCUAGUCAUGAUGACAAGAGUAGAAUUGUGAUUAUGGAGGCUGGAGCAAUUGAAGUACUCACUGAGAGAAUCUCCCGAUGCUUGUCGCAGUACACUCAGAUUGAUUUUAAAGAAGACAGUAGCAUAUGGAUUUGUGCCUUACUGCUAGCAAUUUUGUUUCAAGACAGAGAUAUCAUACGAGCACAUGCAACCAUGAAAUCUAUACCAGUACUUGCAAAUUUAUUGAAGUCAGAGGAGUCAGCAAACAGGUAUUUUGCUGCACAAGCUGUGGCCAGUCUCGUCUGUAAUGGGAGCAGAGGGACUCUUCUGUCUGUUGCAAAUUCUGGUUCAGCAGGUGGGCUUAUUUCCUUACUUGGGUGUGCUGAUGUUGACAUCUUUGAUCUUCUGGAGAUGUCAGAGGAAUUUGGUUUGGUGCGGUAUCCAGAACAAGUUGCUCUUGAGAGGUUGUUUAGGGUUGAUGACAUUAGGGUUGGAGCUACUUCUCGGAAAGCUAUACCUGCCCUUGUUGAUCUACUUAAACCAAUUCCAGAUCGUCCGGGGGCACCUUUUCUAGCACUUGGGAUUCUGACUCAGCUUGCAAGAGACUGUCCCUCAAAUAAGAUUGUCAUGGUUGAAUCGGGGGCCUUGGAAGCUCUGACUAAAUAUCUUUCUCUUGGCCCACAAGAUGCAACCGAGGAAGCUGCUACGGAUUUAUUGGGGAUGCUAUUUAGCAGUGCUGAAAUACGGAGACAUGAAUCUGCAUUUGGAGCUGUUGGGCAACUUGUUGCAGUCUUGCGUUUAGGCGGAAGAGGUGCAAGGUAUAGUGCUGCAAAAGCAUUGGAAAACCUAUUUUCUGCCGACCAUAUUAGAAAUGCAGAAACUGCCAGGCAAGCUGUUCAACCUUUGGUGGAGAUUCUAAAUACUGGUUUGGAGAAGGAGCAACAUGCUGCUAUUGCUGCAUUGGUUAGGUUAUUAAGCGAAAACCCCUCAAGGGCCCUAGCUGUUGCAGAUGUUGAGAUAAAUGCUGUAGAUGUGCUUUGCAGGAUUCUGUUGUCAAAUUGUUCAAUGGAACUGAAGGGGGAUGCUGCUGAGUUGUGUUGUGUUCUUUUUGGAAAUACACGAAUUAGGUCUACCAUGGCUGCAGCUCGUUGUGUCGAGCCUCUGGUCUCUCUUCUUGUAACUGAGUUCAGUCCUGCGCAGAAUUCAGUUGUUCGCGCACUAGAUAAACUCUUGGAUGAUGAGCAAUUGGCAGAACUAGUUGCUGCGCAUGGUGCAGUUAUUCCUCUAGUUGGCCUUCUCUAUGGUAAAAAUUACAUGCUUCAUGAGGCUACUUCCAGAGCUCUUGUGAAGUUAGGAAAAGACAGGCCAUCAUGUAAGAUGGAAAUGGUGAAAGCUGGAGUAAUUGAGAGCAUGCUCGAUAUUCUUCAUGAAGCACCAGAUUUUCUUUGUGCUGCUUUUGCAGAAUUGCUUCGAAUAUUGACCAAUAAUGCUACCAUUGCUAAGGGUCCAUCUGCAGCAAAAGUAGUUGAGCCCCUUUUCCUGUUGCUAUCUAGGGCAGAGUUUGGACCUGAUGGCCAACAUAGUGCUUUACAGGUUCUUGUUAAUAUUUUAGAGCAUUCACAGUGUCGCGCUGACUAUAAUUUGACAUCUCACCAAGCUAUCGAACCACUUAUCCCUUUACUAGAUUCUCCAGCUCCAGCAGUGCAACAGUUGGCAGCUGAGCUUCUCUCACACCUACUUCUUGAAGAAAAUCUUCAGAAGGAUCCAGUGACACAACAAGUGAUUGGUCCCCUGAUACGGGCUCUUGGUUCUGGUAUACAUAUUUUGCAGCAGAGAGCUGUAAAGGCACUUGUUAGUAUUGCACUAACCUGGCCAAAUGAAAUUGCAAAGGAAGGUGGUGUCGGUGAGCUGUCCAAAGUUAUAUUGCAAGCCGAUCCUUCACUUCCUCAUGCAUUGUGGGAAUCUGCUGCUUCUGUUUUAUCCAGUAUUCUGCAAUUUAGUUCUGAAUUCUAUUUGGAAGUUCCUGUUGCAGUGUUGGUGAGAUUGCUCCGUUCUGGUUCAGAAGGCACAGUAAUUGGUGCAUUGAAUGCUCUUCUAGUGUUGGAAAGUGAUGAUGGUACCAGCGGUGAAGCAAUGGCAGAAAGUGGUGCCAUUGAGGCUCUUUUGGAACUUCUCAGAUGUCAUCAGUGUGAGGAAACUGCUGCAAGACUGCUGGAGGUGUUGUUGAACAAUGUGAAGAUCAGGGAGUCAAAAGUUAUCAAGUCUGCAAUCUUACCGUUAUCCCAGUACCUCUUGGAUCCACAAACCCAAGCUCAACAGGCAAGGUUACUGGCAACUCUUGCUCUUGGCGAUCUAUUUCAAAAUGAAACUCUUGCUCGAAGUACAGAUGCUGUUUCAGCUUGUCGGGCUCUAGUGAAUCUGCUUGAAGACCAACCCACAGAAGAAAUGAAAGUGGUAGCUAUAUGUGCCUUGCAAAACCUGGUAAUGUAUAGCCGAUCAAAUAAAAGAGCAGUUGCAGAAGCUGGUGGUGUUCAGGUUGUAUUGGAUCUGAUUGGUUCAAGUGAUCCAGAUACAUCAGUUCAGGCUGCAAUGUUUAUUAAGCUUCUCUUCUCUAACAAUACCAUUCAAGAAUAUGCUUCCAGUGAAACAGUCAGAGCUAUAACUGCUGCAAUUGAAAAGGAUUUAUGGGCCAACGGAACAGUAAACGAAGAGUAUCUGAAAGCUCUGAAUGCACUCUUUAGCAACUUCCCACGCCUGAGAGCCACUGAGCCUGCAACACUUAGUAUUCCCCAUCUGGUCACAUCCCUCAAGACUGGCUCAGAGGCAAGUCAAGAAGCUGCUCUGGACUCGUUGUUUCUUCUCAGGCAAGCUUGGACAGCAUGCCCAGCUGAAGUCUCCAGAGCACAGUCAGUUGCCGCUGCAGAUGCAAUUCCUUUGUUGCAAUAUUUGAUCCAGUCAGGCCCACCACGGUUUCAGGAAAAGGCAGAAUUUUUGUUGCAGUGUUUGCCAGGGACAUUAGUGGUAAUAAUUAAACGUGGAAACAAUAUGAAGCAGUCUGUUGGAAACCCAAGUGUUUACUGCAAGCUUACUCUUGGCAACACUCCUCCGAGGCAAACUAAGGUUGUAUCGACUGGUCCUAAUCCGGAGUGGGAAGAGAGCUUUUCAUGGUCAUUUGAAAGUCCUCCGAAAGGCCAAAAGCUUCAUAUCUCAUGCAAAAAUAAGAGCAAAAUGGGGAAGAGCUCAUUUGGAAAAGUCACAAUCCAGAUCGACCGUGUUGUGAUGCUGGGUGCAGUUGCUGGGGAGUACACUUUGUUGCCGGCAAGCAAAAGUGGUCCUCCACGGAAUCUGGAGAUAGAAUUCCAGUGGUCUAACAAAUAACGACCAUACCGAGGGGUUCUUGUAAGAGCUGCAAAUUAAAAUUUAGGAACAUGGUAAAAGACCGGAUUUUUUUUUUUGAGUUUAUUUAUAUGUUGAUGUACAUAUUCUGCUGGAGAUAUUUUUUUCUUCUUCUUUUGGCGUCCUUAGGCCUUGAAACAGUCAUUUGUUAAAGGUAUUCUUUUGUAAUCUGUUUUUGCUUCCAUUCAUUGGGAAUGCUAUGGGCUGAAAAAGUUUAGCUUCCUCUUUUCAUUUUUAAUUUUUGUAUUGAUAUUUGAGUGCUUGUCAACUUAAAGAGGAAAAUAACAAAGGUUUCUGUUUUGAUCA